AUUCAUUCAUCAUCCAAAUCCAAAAUUAUAUUUUUCUCUUUCAUUAUUUCUUAUUAUUCCAUUCAUUGUCUAGUGUGAGGAUAUGAUGUCAUCAUCAAGAUGUAGUUGCGUGUCGAAGCCGCUUGUUGGAUCAGAUUGUGGCGGCGAGAAUUGGCUUUCCAUCAACAAGAGGGAAGAAGAAGAUGAUGAUGAGUUGAUGAAGCCUGGACAGGAUGAGGUCUGGAAAGCAAUCCAAGCACAGAAGCAGCAGGGGGAUGGUGAUCAUACCAAUAAUAAGGCGCCGCCAAUACGAUCAACUGUUUCCUGGAGCGCAAUUCUCUUAUCUGAUGAUCAAAAAGUUGUUCUUCAAGAUUCACCGCCGCCUUAUAUCCACCCUCUCCUCAAAAAGUCAUCUAGCUGUUGUUUGAGUAAACACAGCCUUCAGAUUUGCACUGAGAGUCUUGGCUCAGAGACCGGCUCCGAUUGUCUCUCUUCCCGCGAUUCUGAUCACAUUCAAAAUGAAGUUCAGGACAACAAACAAGCUCAUGAAGAAGAAGAAGAUAUUUUCAACCAUGUAAAGAUAAAUUAUAGCAAGAAAUCACCAUCCCCGCCAUCAUCUUUCCCUCCUCCGCUCCCUUCUCUGGCCAACUCAAGCGUUCAGCUGCGCUCUCAUCGGCAAGGCAAAGGCGAAGGUGAAGUCGAAGGCAGCAGGUUGAUUCUCGAAGCUGUUUCCAUCCCUCAGCGCAACUACUUCCAUGCUGAACGCUCCCACGGCAGGCUGCUCCUCACAGCCCUCACAAGCCCCAGCAGUUCACAUGAAGAAGAAGAAGAAGCAGAAGCUGGGGAUGAUGAAACUGAAGAAUUCGAAAUUCAUAAUAGCAGCAGUGAUGAAGAGGGGGAGGGGGAGGGGUCUGGCCACGCCACCAUGCCAUCGUUCAACAGCAACACCAACCACUUGUACUCCAACAGUGGUAGUAGUCGUAGUAUUAGUAUUGCAGAGUACAAGCAGCAGCAACAGGAGUUGUUGAGGAACUGCAAAGAAGCAAGGAGGAGGUCUCUACUAACGUGGGAGCCCCCUAAUUACUGCAUUGCCACCUCCUCCUAAUCUUCCUUCAUAAACCAACCCAACCAUUCAUUCCAUUUCCUUAUGCUGCACUACCGAAUCCAAUAUUUAACAACUCUAAUAAAACAUGUCCUCAAUAUAUAAUACACCCAUGCAUAUAUAUGUAUGAUACUAGUUGUCCCUCCUAAGAUCAUCGCUCUACUCUUUGGUCCAAAGAGUUUGUUUUGUGUACCCUAAAUAAACAUGUUGAAUAGGUAGAACAAUAUCUUUUUCUACUACAAAGAUUAUUUUGA